GCACUCUAAUAACAUUCUCUAAUUGAACAGGCACAGCUGAGCCAAGUUCGGGGAAGGGAGCGGCGCCCUUCAAAAAAGGAGAACACAAACACAGAGCGGGGCUCAUGACGGAGGAGGAGAUACCCGGAGCGAGAGUGCACGAACGCUCUAACAAACAAACCAACGAGCUAAACCCGCUCCAAAAGACGUGGAUUAAGUUCGGAAAGGACUACGAGAGAGCCAAUGCUCAGGAAAUAAACUCUGCGGACGAAACCUCAAAGUCCCGGAUUCACCGGGGCACCACGUAUGGUGGAAGAUGCGGGCACUGUGAACCGAGCUACCACGAGAGAGAGACCCAACACGGAUGAUCCAUAAAGGACAUGAAGAUUGAAGUGCUACUUUUAUCCUGUCUCAUUGCUUUGCCAAUGGUACUGGGAAAAGCUAGAGAGAGCAGGGACAGCCUAUCAGAGGACGGACAAGCUCUGAGCAGGCGAUACGCUGAGUCCACCAUCGCCAGUGACAUCAGUAAGAUUGUGGACUCCAUGGUACAGAAGAACUUUGUAAACUUCCUCCUCACUCAGAGGGAGAAAAAGAGCGAGCCUACCAUGAAGCCUGAGGAACCAGGGACUCAGCUUUUCAAUGAACUUCUAAAGCAGGAGUUUACUCAGUGGGUCCACAGCAAGGGCAACAAUGCCAGAACCCAUUAAGAUGCUGAAAAGAGUAUAAUUGACCUGUGAGAAAGUAAAUCUAGGUAUAUAAACCAGGAUCUAAAUACUGCUGUCUUCAUCAUCAUAUGAAGAUCAAUUAAUUGACUACCUGUUUGUGA